UUCCUUGCCUUGGAGAUGCGUAAGGGGAAGGUGAAUUUCCUUUGGGACGUGGGUUCGGGUGUGGGGAGGGUCGAAUAUCCCCAUCACACCAUCCACGAUGGGAACUGGCACAGAAUAGAGGCGUCUCGUAAUGGGUUGAAUGGCACCAUAUCAGUUUAUCCUCUGGAGGGCUCCAUGGCGGGUAUGAUGCCGACCCCCGCCAGCGCCAACUCGCCCACGACCUUCACCAUCCUGGACGUGGACCAGAACGCCUACCUGUUUGUGGGAGGGAUACUCGGCACCGUCAAGAAAGCGGACGCAGUGAGAACAAACACCUUCACAGGCUGCAUGGGGGAGACCUUCCUGGACGGGAAACCUAUUGGACUGUGGAACUACAGAGAGAGACACGGAGACUGUAAAGGAUGUGUCGUCAGCCCCCAGCGGUCGGAUGCGGAGGGGACGGUUCAGCUGGACGGGGAGGGCUACUCCGCGGUGGGACGUCCCACCAGGUGGAACCCAAAUGUUUCCAGCGUGACCUUUAAGUUCCGCACAUUUUCCUCCGAAUCCCUGCUCAUGUAUCUGGCUACUGAAGAUAUGAAGGACUUCAUGUCUCUGGAGCUGUCCGAGGGGAAGGUGAAGGUGAACUUUGACCUCGGCUCAGGAGUCGGCAGCGCCCUCUCAGCCAGCCGGCACAACGACGGACACUGGAAGUCCCUCACCAUGUCACGGAACAAGAAAACAGCCACGGUGACCGUAGUGGACAUCGACAGCGGUGCUGAGGAGAAAAUAGUGACGACGUCUCAGGGCCCGGCGACAGGUCUGAACCUCAAAGAACACCAGAAGAUCUACUUUGGAGGGCUGCCUACCAUUGGAAACUAUAGGUAA